UCGUCUGGAACGUGUGUUUGUGGAAACUUUCACUUUCGUUUCCAGCUGCUGCCAUUCUGUGGAGACGCUGCGAGCAGAGCGACUAAAAACAGACCGAAAGACGAGAGAAGGAACCCCAGAACCUCCAGAGAAUUUUCAAAGAACCUCCAGAACCUCAGCAUGGCCUUUCAGUACCCGGCGGCCCGCAGAGAUGAGACCCAGGUGGACGACUACCACGGAACUAAGAUCUGCGACCCCUAUCACUGGCUGGAGGACCCCGACAGUGCAGAAACGGUGACCUUCGUUGAAGCCCAGAACAACCUGACCAUGACGUACCUGGAGAAGUGUUCAGUCCGGCCUCAGUUCCACCAGAGACUCACCGAGCUCUACGACUACCCCAAAUACAGCUGCCCUUACAAACGAGGCCAGAGGUAUUUCUAUUUCCACAACCAGGGUCUCCAGAACCAGGAUGUUCUGUACGUCCAGGACUCUCUGGACGCUCCCGCCACCGUUUUCUUCGACCCGAACAAACUGUCCGAUGACGGAACCGUGGCGCUGAAGAUGGGCCGCCUGUCGGAGGAGUGUGAAUACUUUGCGUACGGUCUGAGCAGCAGCGGGUCCGACUGGGUGACGGUUCGAUUCAUGAAGGCCGACGAUCUGACGCCGCUGUCCGACGUCCUGGAGAGGGUGAAGUUCAGCUGCCUGGCCUGGACCCACGACGCUAAGGGCGUUUUUUACAACUGCUACCCUCGUCAGGAGGGAAAAACUGACGGCACGGAAACGACGUCCAACCUCAACCAGAAGCUCUACUUCCACGUCAUCGGUACCGAGCAGUCCGAAGACGUUCUGGUCGCUGAGUUUCUUGACCAUCCCAAGUGGCACAGCUCAGUCACCAUCUCAGAUGAUGGCAGAUAUGUGGUUCUGUCCAUCACUGAGGGCUGUGAACCCGUAAACCGGCUCUGGUACUGCGACCUGCAGCAGCUUCCCGACGGCAUCAAAGGUUUGCUGCCGUGGGUCAAACUCGUGGACAACUUUGAUGCUCAGUUCUCCUACGUGACCAACGAGGGUUCGGUUUUCACUUUUCAGUCCAACCUGGACGCUCCUCGGUACCGUCUGAUCAACAUCGACAUCCAGAAACCGGACCGGCAGCACUGGACCACCCUCAUACCGCAGCAUGACAAGGACGUCCUGAGCUUCGUCUCCUGUGUGAACCAGUGCCACCUGCUGGUGAACUUCGUCCACGACGUGAAGGACGUCCUGCAGCUGUACGAGCUGUCCACCGGCCGGCUGGUCAGAGAUCUGCCGCUGGACGUGGGCACGGUGUCCGGAGUGAGCUGCAAGAAGAAACACUCCGAGUUCUUCUACAAGUUCACCUCCUUCACCACUCCAGGGAUCAUCUACCACUGUGACCUGAACGAGCAGAACCCAGAACCCAAAGUGUUCAGAGAGGUGGAGGUGAAAGGAAUCAGACAGGAGGACUACCAGACCAGCCAGGUUUUCUACCCCAGUAAAGACGGAACAAAGAUCCCCAUGUUCUUGGUUCAUGCUAAAGGCCUGAAGAAUGACGGGACUCAUCCUGUUUUCCUCUACGGAUACGGAGGCUUUGAGGCGUCCAUUCAGCCGCGAUACAACGUCGCCUACCUGCUGUUUGUGAGACACCUGGGAGGAAUCCUGGCCGUGGCCAACAUCAGAGGAGGAGGAGAGUACGGACUCACCUGGCACAAAGGAGGAGCUCUGGGGAACAAACAGAACUGCUUCGAUGACUUCCAGUGUGCCGCCAAGUAUCUGAUCAAGGAGAAGUUCACGUCGGCCGACCGCAUCGCCAUCAACGGAGCUUCUAACGGAGGUCUGCUGGUCGCCGCCUGCCUGAACCAGGAUCCGGACCUGUUCGGUUGUGUCGUGGCAGAAGUGGGCGUCAUGGACAUGCUAAAGUUCCACAAGUUCACCAUCGGACACGCCUGGACCACCGACUACGGAUGUUCUGAUGAUCCAGAACAGUUCAAGUGGCUCAUCAAGUAUUCUCCUCUCCAUAACCUCCCUCAGCCUCCCUACUCCGGUCCUCCUUAUCCGGCGGUUCUGCUGCUGACGGCGGAUCAUGACGACCGUGUGGUUCCCCUCCACACCCUGAAGUAUUGCGCCACCCUGCAGUACGGCGUCGGCAGCAGCGCAGCACAGCGGCUGCCGCUGAUGGUCAGAGUGGACACUCGCAGCGGACACGGAGAAGGAAAGUCCACGGCCAAGGCCAUCCUGGAGGACGCACACAUCUUCUCAUUCAUCGCCGAGACGCUGGGACUGAGCUGGAAGGAGUGACUGGAGGAAAGCGGAAGGAUUUAGAGAUGAGUGGGUUCUGAUUAGAAUAGUUCUAAAAACAGAGGAUGUGUGUGGAGUCAUGUGACAACAUAAGGGAAAUGAAAAUGUGCUAAAAUCUGAGAAACUAGAUUGAAACUCCAUGUUCUUCUAACCACUCAGAUGCAGAGAAACUUAUUUUUAACGCACUCCCUGAUUUUGUAAUUGAAUUGGACUGAAGUAUUUUCAAUAAAAUUUCUACUUGUACGAUGA